UUCUCUUAUCUUAGAUAUUUUGUUACUGUGAUGCACGAGCAGUUCAGCAAUUAACGACGUAAUGACUAAAGAUGUUGCAGUGAUAGGAUCUGGUGCAAGCGGACUGACCGCCAUCAAAUGUUGUGUGGAUGAGGGGCUACAUCCAGUAUGUUUCGAGCGAACAGAUCACAUAGGUGGCCUGUGGUAUUACACAGAAGAGGCCACCGAUGGUCAAGCUUGUGUGAUGAAAUCCACAAUCAUCAACACUAGUAAGGAGAUGAUGACGUACAGUGACUUCCCAAUACCCAAGGAAUACCCAGUCUACAUGCAUAACAAAUACGUACUCAAGUACUUUAACCAGUAUGCGGAAGAAUUUGACCUUAGAAAAUACAUUAAGUUCAAAACAGAGGUGGUAUCCGUUAGCAGGAGUUCAGAUUUCAAGACAUCUGGGCAAUGGAACAUUACAACAAAAGAUUUAACAACAGGAGAAACCAAAGAACACCUGUUUGAUGCUGUUAUGGUGUGCACUGGUCAUCAUGCUGACAAAAAUAUUCCAGACUUCCCCGGUUUGAAAGAUUUUGAAGGCAAGAUAAUUCACAGUCAUGAUUACAAACACACCAAAGGAUAUGAAGACAAAAGAAUCGUUCUUAUUGGGAUUGGAAACUCGGGAGUAGACGCUGCCGUGGAAUUAAGUCGUGUAGCAAGCCAGUUAUACUUGAGCACAAGAAGAGGAUCAUGGGUAUUUAAUCGUGUUGCAGAACAUGGCCUUCCAGGAGAUAUGACGGCUUUUAGGAGAUCUACAAGAGCUUUCGGUGCUGUGUUGAGUUUUUUUGGAGGGAACCUAAACGAUAUUAUAGCAAAGAGACUGAAUGAAAGAUUUGACCACGCCAAAUUCUCUCUGCAGCCAAAGCACCCCCCUUUAGCGCAGCAUCCGACCGUACACGACGAACUCCCUAACAGAAUCAUAAGCGGGACCAUCAUUAUUAAACCUAACAUCAGGAGAUUCACAAAAACAGGCGUGGAAUUCGAAGAUGGGACAUUUGAAGAUGAUAUUGAUGUGGUAUUUUUAGCAACAGGAUACAAAUUUGGGUUCCCAUUCAUAGAUAAAUCUAUUAUAGAAGUCAAAAAUAACAAAGUUGAACUCUAUAAAUUCAUGUUUCCUCCUGACUUGGAAAAACAUACACUGGCCUGUAUUGGAUUUAUACAGCCGCUUGGAGCAAUAAUGCCUAUUUCUGAACAGCAGAGUAGGCUCUUCACCAGAGUUGUCAAGGGAGACGUUCUUCUUCCAAGCAGACAAGAGAUGUGGGACAAUAUCCGGAUGAAAUUAGACGCCAUGCAGAAACAGUUUGUACAAAGUCCAAGGCACACUAUCCAAGUAGAUUAUAUAAACUUCAUGGACGAAUUGUCAAAACUGAAUGGAAAUUAUCCUUAUUUAGGAAAAUUAAUGCUGACUGAUCCCAAGCUCGCAGCAGUGGUAUUCUUCGGUCCAGUGACACCUUUUCAGUACAGAGUUAUGGGACCUGGGAAAUGGAGCGGUGCCCGAGAGGCUAUAUUAACUCAGAUGAAGAGAAUUGAUUACCCACUUGCCACCAGACCUCUCGGCUUCUCUGAGACAAACAGUCGAAAGAGCAGUUUCUGGAAAUUAUGUCUGAUUAUGUUAGCUAUAGCAAUGGUGUUUCAAUACUUAAUGAGAUCUUGAGCUUUUUUGUUCAAUUUGAAUUGUAUUUGGAUUUAAAUAUAUGGAAGACACAUUUUCAUCCAAUAGUGAUGAAAUCUGACGGAUUUAUGAUAUAUCAUGUUAAAAAAAUUCAAAAGGUUUUCUUUUUCUAUAUACACAUGUAUUUGCAAACAAUUGAAAUGAGUUAAAGAGAAUGAGAUCCUGUAUGCCUUUAAUUUUUAAAGCGAAGACAAAAUUACAAAAUUAUAGAUUUCUUGUGAUCUCAUGUGAUUUUCUUUUCAUUAUUUUGUUUUGAAAAAAACUUCUGUGACCGAUCAGGCUGAUCAUUUUUUCCACCUGAAUUCAGUACUUUGUCUUCUCCAUCACAAAUGAGAACAUUUUACAAAUAUUUAAUGUGGACAUUUUAAAUAAAACGAUCACUCUCAUGUCUCCUUAAGGUACUAAUUAUUGUAUAUCAUUCUAACUGUUGUUUAUAAUUUUAAAUGUUUAUUCGCUUGAUCAAUAAACACAGUAUCAGUCGACUCAA